AUGGAUCCAACUUCACCUCCCUACGUGACCAUGGAAGAAUACUUCCUAUCAGAUGACGUAAAAUUCCGAGGACGACUCAGAACAACCCUACCGGUUGUUCUGCAAGACGACUUGAGGCAUUUAAAGAAAACCCUGAAGACCUGUGAUGAUCUCGACGAACUUCGGAUACUGGCCCAAAACCGCGGAAGCUGGAAAUCGUUGCACGCACUAUGUGCGAAGGCUCUUAAUAUUUCAUGUGUGUUGAAUCCAGUUAUUCGCAUAAUAAACUUUGUUCGAGGGAGCUCACUUAAUCACCGUCAGUUUAAAGUUUUACUUGACGAUUUUGGAUCUGAAUAUUUUGACUUACCAUAUUACACUGCAGUUAGAUGGCUUAGCUGUGGUAAUGUAUUAAAUAGAUUUUAUAAACUCCGAAGUGAGAUUGAUAUUUUUCUAACCAGUAAAAAUAACUAUUAUCCCGAAUUAUCAGAUCUUGCUUGGCUAUCAAAAUUAUCAUUUUUGGUUGAUGUUACAACUCACAUGAAUGAGCUAAAUCUGAAAUUACAAGGAAAGGAAAACUUAAUUUGUGAUUUCUACAGGAUAAUUAAAGCAUUUCGACAAAAAUUGAUGUUAUUCGAGUCACAACUUGGAGUACGUCAGUUUUCACACUUUUCUUGUUUUAAAAGUUUUUGUGAGGCAAACUGUAAUGAGAUCGACAUUACUUUCCAAAUUGGGAUUAUCAAAGAAUUAAAACAUCAUUUUUUACAUAAGUUUUCUGAACUUGACAAAAUUGAAAGCGAUAUAAUUUUGUUCGAAAAUCCAUUUUCUUGUAAUGUUGAAAAUGUUCAACAUGAAUUACAAUUAGAAGUUAUUGACUUACAAUCAAAUGAACAGCUCAAAGAUUGUCACAGACGGACCAAACUCGCUGAGUUCUACGAAUAUCUCAAGGAUGAUGAGUUUCCGAGACUAAAGAAUUUUGCGAUAAAGAUGAUUUCUAUAUUUGGCACAACUUACCAAUGUGAGCAAACGUUUUCGAGGAUGAAAUAUGUUAACAUCACGGAAAAAUCCCCCCAGUGGUUCAAAACCCAAGUUAGUCGUAAACUCAUGGAUGGCGACAUCCGUGCGGCAGUUCGGGUCCUUUCGUCCGCUGAUUCACUUGCUGAAUCUACUGCCGAGACUUUGGAACACCUCAAAAACAAACAUCCGAUGCCCCCAGAUGACUUACGGGAGUUUCCCACACGAGACAAUGCAAUUAUACUGUCAAUUUCUGAUGAUGAAUUUUGGAAGGGAUUAAAUCUUUCAGACCGAGUAGCAGUGGGGGAUUUGAUGGUCUCCGGCCGAGUCAUAUAA